CGGAAGGAAAGGGUAUACGCCACUUUUGGGUCUGAUGGGCCCAUAAUUUCAAUUCGGCAAGCUUUGAUUCAGAGGCCUUGUCAUCCCUUAAAACCCUGUCUGCAACAGUCUUGUUUUGCGAAGUGAAGCGCCAUGAUAAUUGGUGUCCCGUACUCCAUCACUCCCUGUUACGACCUCUACACCGCCGCUGCCAACAGCACAAAUGGCUGAAUCUACCGUCGCCGCUACUCCCCAGCCUCUCAAAAUCAUAACCGGAGCGGAUUCCUUCGGCUGCAACCUCAAGGACGCUCUUGUCUCGCAUCUCCGCUCUCUUAAGAUAGACGUUGAAGACCUCGGUACUUCCUCCUACUACUCGAUCGCCGCUGAGGUUGGCCGCCGCGUCUCCGCUGCUAACGCCACAUCUCCAUCCUCUCUUUGCCCUGAAAUCCGUGGCCUUGUAGCUUGCGGAACCGGCGUCGGUGUCUCCAUAUUUGCCAACAAGUUCCCUGGCGUCUUCGCUUCCACCUGCCUUUCAACAGCCGAAGCUAUCAACACCCGCUCCAUUAACAACUGCAAUGUUCUUGCGGUCUCUGGCAUGUCCACAUCUCCAGAAUCUGCCAUAGAAAUCCUCGACACCUGGCUCAAUACACCUUUCAAAGCCCCUUGUCCUGCUUCUAAUUUCGCUCCGUGGAGCGAAGAAAUAUCUUCUUUCCUGGAAAAUUCCCUUGCUGAAAUGCCAAAAAUUGGACAAGAGGAAAAAUCCAAUGAAAAUAAAGAAGAAACUCUAACUCCGUGUGCUCUAUGUUGCUUAGUGAAGAACAGGAAGCUGGAUCCGAUUGAUAUUAUCCCAGGAGGUUCAAUGAAGAUAGUAAGGGAGAGCCCAACAUCAGCUAUAGUGAGCUUCAAGGCAGGGAGUGUUGAGCCGGCCCAUCACCAUACAUUUGGGCAUGAUUUGGUGGUGAUGAAGGGGAGCAAGAGGGUGUGGAAUUUGAGCAAGAAGACAAAGUAUGAUCUGGGUGUUGGAGAUUAUCUGUUUACUCCUGCUGGGGAUGUGCACAGAGUGAAGUAUUUUGAGGAUACAGAGUUUUUCAUCAAGUGGGAGGGCCAGUGGGAUAUUUUCUUCGAUGAGGAUCUGGAGGUUGCAAAGAGUGCCAUUGAGAAAGAAGCAGAGGAUGGAUUUGAGUGGAUAAAGUAAGGUGUGGAUGUGAAAUGAGCUUCCUUUUUCUAUAAUGCCGGAUAUGUGUUGCAUGGUAACUCUUUGUUGUGUAAUGAAAGUUAAUAUCAUCAUUGUCAUAGAGUGAAAUAUAUUGAGGAUAUGGAGUUGUGAUCAUUACCAUUUGCUGUUAGUCCUGAACUUGAGCCUUAUUUUGAUACAUAAAUAAGUUAUCUUUGAAGUAA